AUGAAGGGAGAGAGCCGAGAACUAAGAGUUAAGAGGAAAGAAAAAAAAAAGAAAAAAAAGAUAAGAAAUGAGGAAGAGAGAAUCAAGGAAAAACAGAGACAACCCAAGAGUCAAAAGUCAAAAGUCAGGAAUCAAGAAUCAAGAAUCAAGAAUCAAGAGUCAAGAACCAAGAGUCAAGAAUCAAGAGUCAAGAACCAAGAGUCAAGAGCCAAGAGUCAAGAGCCAAGAGUCAAGAACCAAGAGUCAAGAACCAAGAGUCAAGAACCAAGAGUCAAGAACCAAGGGUCAAGAACCAAGAGUCAAGAACCAAGAGCCAAGAACCAAGGGUCAAGAACCAAGAGUCAAGAACCAAGAGCCAAGAACCAAGAGCCAAAAGUCAAGAGUCAAGAACCAAGGGUCAAGAACCAAGAGCCAAGAACCAAGGGUCAAGAACCAAGAGUCAAGAACCAAGAGCCAAGAACCAAGAGCCAAAAGUCAAGAGCCAAGAACCAAGGGUCAAGAACCAAGAGUCAAGAACCAAGAGCCAAGAACCAAGAGCCAAAAGUCAAGAGUCAAGAACCAAGAGUCAAGAACCAAGAGCCAAGAACCAAGGGUCAAGAACCAAGAGUCAAGAACCAAGAGCCAAGAACCAAGAGCCAAAAGUCAAGAGUCAAGAACCAAGGGUCAAGAACCAAGAGCCAAGAACCAAGGGUCAAGAACCAAGAGUCAAGAACCAAGAGCCAAGAACCAAGAGCCAAAAGUCAAGAGUCAAGAACCAAGGGUCAAGAACCAAGAGCCAAGAACCAAGGGUCAAGAACCAAGAGCCAAGAACCAAGGGUCAAGAACCAAGAGUCAAGAACCAAGAGCCAAGAACCAAGAGCCAAAAGUCAAGAGCCAAGAACCAAGGGUCAAGAACCAAGAGUCAAGAACCAAGAGCCAAGAACCAAGGGUCAAGAAUCAAGAGUCAAGAACCAAGAGCCAAGAACCAAGAGCCAAAAGUCAAGAGUCAAGAACCAAGGGUCAAGAACCAAGAGCCAAGAACCAAGGGUCAAGAACCAAGAGUCAAGAACCAAGAGCCAAGAACCAAGAGCCAAAAGUCAAGAGUCAAGAACCAAGGGUCAAGAACCAAGAGCCAAGAACCAAGGGUCAAGAACCAAGAGUCAAGAACCAAGAGCCAAGAACCAAGAGCCAAAAGUCAAGAGCCAAGAACCAAGGGUCAAGAACCAAGAGUCAAGAACCAAGAGCCAAGAACCAAGAGCCAAAAGUCAAGAGUCAAGAACCAAGAGUCAAGAACCAAGAGCCAAGAACCAAGGGUCAAGAACCAAGAGUCAAGAACCAAGAGCCAAGAACCAAGAGCCAAAAGUCAAGAGUCAAGAACCAAGGGUCAAGAACCAAGAGCCAAGAACCAAGGGUCAAGAACCAAGAGUCAAGAACCAAGAGCCAAGAACCAAGAGCCAAAAGUCAAGAGCCAAGAACCAAGGGUCAAGAACCAAGAGUCAAGAACCAAGAGCCAAGAACCAAGAGCCAAAAGUCAAGAGUCAAGAACCAAGAGUCAAGAACCAAGAGCCAAGAACCAAGAGCCAAAAGUCAAGAGCCAAGAACCAAGAGCCAAAAGUCAAGAGUCAAGAACCAAGAGCCAAGAACCAAGAGCCAAAAGUCAAGAGCCAAGAACCAAGGGUCAAGAACCAAGAGUCAAGAACCAAGAGCCAAGAACCAAGAGCCAAAAGUCAAGAGUCAAGAACCAAGAGCCAAGAACCAAGGGUCAAGAACCAAGAGUCAAGAACCAAGAGCCAAGAACCAAGAGCCAAAAGUCAAGAGUCAAGAACCAAGAGCCAAGAACCAAGAGCCAAAAGUCAAGAGUCAAGAACCAAGGGUCAAGAACCAAGAGUCAAGAGCCAAGAGCCAAAAGUCAAGAGUCAAGAGCCGAGAGUGAAGAGCCGAGACACGCAUCAGCCUCGGAGGCAACCAGGAAGGCGCGUCCCCGCUGCGAGUCGAGGUCCUAAUGAGGAGAAACAAAAAAGGAGAAAACAUGAAGAAAAGAAGAGAAGAAAAAUAAAAAAGAUAAAAAAAGAGAAGAAUCAAGAAGAAUUAAAAGAGAAAGAAAAGAAACGCCUCUCGUACGCCCUCACGCCCACCCCCUUCUGUAGCACUCACGCCCCGAGCCAUCAAGGGGGCGGGCACUUAGGGCGGCACAUCAACAGCACAUCUUUAAGACUUCGAGAAGAGCAUCUUGCCACCCGCACCCGCCCUGUGUCACGGCUCGGGCUCUUAAAAGCUCUUUAUACCCGCGGAUUCGCACCGGGCCUCUUCAGCUCUUUGAAUGCUGGGAGGAACGUGGUUAAAACAUACCUUACGAUUAGUAGAACGGGAGGUCUAAAACGCAAAUCGGAAUUAGUCAUCCCAGGUGAUCUAAAACGCAACCCGGCAUUAAACUCGCAAGUGGCCCUGCGCGUCAUUGAAAUUAAUUUUGAGGACUCCGAUACGAGAGGCUCUGAUGAUGCAGGGAAGGAUGAAUCUAUAGUCUAA